UUGUCAAAAUUUCAAAAAGUGCAGUUGCAAAAUCGCUAUUUAUUUUUAUUUGAAAUCCUAACACAUAAAUGAUUCGCUUGUUACUUUUAACAACUAUCACCGGUUGUUUAAAGGUUAAUUGCAGCACGGCUACUGUUUCCAUGGCGCUCAAGAGUGUCGACUUUGAAGUGUUUGGCCGGGUUCAAGGAGUAUUCUUCCGGAAGUAUACAAAAACUCAAGCAGACAAGUUAGAUCUCAAGGGAUGGUGCAGGAACACAUCCCGUGGAACUGUAGAGGGACAGAUGCAAGGACCCUCAGAUAAAGUGGAGUCUAUGAUCCAAUGGCUGAAGACAACAGGCAGUCCUAGUAGUCAAAUCGACAAAGCAGAGUUCAAGAACCAGAAGGAUAUAUCCGAAUACACCUUCAGCAGCUUUGAUAUUAGACGUGAUAAUUAGUUUUCCACGCUUAUCUAACGUUGCUCGUAAACGGGCUAUAAAAAUUGCUGUAAAUCUAGCUGAAAACUAUUUACCAGCAUACAGGUAUCAUGAAUUAUUAUGAUCCCUUUAAAGAUUGGAUCUUGGCGGAUAUAGUAUUGUUUUUAAAAUUGCUUAAAAACUAGCCUGUUUAUGUGUGUCUCACUAUCAUUUGUUCUAUGUUCACAAAAUUGAACCAAGACCAUAUUUAGUAGAGCUUUCAUAAAAUUAUCCUAAAAAGUCAUUUUUAAUCUUAAUCUUAUGAUGUUGGUUCUCGGGUAUCAAAACUACACCAAAGGUAAGCCCCAGUUUUACAGUUUUCCUCGCUACUUCAAUUUAUGAUUACUUUCCGCAAGUUUCAUCAACACGGAAUAUUAUAAAAUAUAAUAACUAUUGACUACUAAGUCUUUUUUUACACGACUAAUUUAAAAUAAUUAGAUACACUGAUAGUUUAGAUACUCCUGAAUUUUCUACUUAGUUUGUUGCUUAGUAUUCCUAGUUAGUAUUUAUUAUCAUGACUAGUAUUAGACUAUAGUAAUAGACUUUAUUAUUAUGACUUAAAAGUCCCCAAUGUGAUAUUUUACCCAUUUGAUAUUAUGCUUGUUCAGCAGUAUUUUUUUAUCUGAAUACAGAUUGUUGAAAGUA